AUGCGGAUAGAAUGUGUCUCUCUACAAGCACAGAAACUAGGCUCCUUCGAUGGUGUUACAUGGGGCGAAGGAUCUAAAGACCCUGCAUUCCUUGAUGAUCACGAAGUCGAGGCUGAGGUCAUGGCAAUGGGCUUGAGCUUCAACGAUGUGGCCUGUGCUAUGGAAAUUGUUCCUGAAGAUUCACACUGA